AUGGCCCUUUUUGCAAGAUUUCUAGCAAAGACGGCCACUCGUCCUACCACUAUUGUUACCACUACUACUACUACAGAUAAUUUCAUUACUAGGCCUUUAUUUCGUUCCAUCUCAACUACAUCAACUACAUCAACAAUUUUAACUUCUUCUUUAAAACCUUCUUAUUCUUCUUCAUUAACCUUUCAAAAGUCUCCCUUCCCAGCAAAUUUUACAUCAGCUAACGUCAAUUCCUCAGUCUUCCCUGUAAAUUACUAUUCUUUUCACUCAAUUACUUUGAAGCGCUGCCACCUUUCACAAUUAUGUCCAACAACCAUCCAAACCCGUCUUUUUUCAACCUCCAGAUUUCUUCAUAAUAAUAACAACCCCAAAACAAACCCUCCAUCUCAACUUUCCCCAGUCAAAUCAACCCUCAAACUCUUUGAACUCAAAACAUGGCAAUUCUUUCGUCUCAUUCUCCAAUCAAUUGGUGUCAUUGUAACCUCCGUAGCUGCCCUUUUCUUUCUAUUCUUCCUCUACGAUGCUACCACCUAUGCAGGUGACGAUGAAAACUCGGAAAAUGGUUCCGCGGGCAAAACAAUCCCAGUCCCUUACUUUGCACUCCACCCACAACGCGGAGGCCCUAAAAACCUUCCUAUUUUUGAUGCCUGCCUAGAUGAUUUGGAUACCCCGGAAAAACAACUUGAAACUACCCGUCCCAGACUCGUCGUCCUCGGAACCGGAUGGGGGACUGUCGCCCUCCUUAAACAACUCUACGCGAACGAUUACGACGUCAUUGUAGUCUCCCCUACAAAUUACUUCCUCUUCACCCCACUUCUACCCUCAGCUACCGUAGGAACCCUCGAAACACGCUCCCUAGUCCAGCCCAUCCGUGGCAUGCUCCGCUCCAUUAAUGCACAUUUCCUUCAAGCUGAAGCAGUCGAUGUCCUCUUUAACGAGCAGCUCGUCGAGGUCGCUGCCACAAACCCUGAAACCGGUGCUAAGGAAAACUUUUACAUCCCUUACGAUAAAGUCGUCGUUGGUGUCGGUUCCAUCUCAAAUAAACACGGUGUCGAUGGUCUCGAACACUGUCUCAAACUCAAAACCGUCGACGAUGUCACAAGCAUCCGUACUAAAAUCGUCCGCAAUAUCGAGGCCGCAUGUCUCCCAACUACCUCCGACGAAGAACGUAAACGUCUCCUCUCCUUUGUCAUUUGUGGCGGAGGCCCCACUGGCGUAGAACUCGCUGCUGAACUCUUUGACGUGGUCCGUGAAGACCUCACCAAACGUUACCCCAAGAUAUUGCGCUCUGAAGUAUCGGUCCACAUUGUUCAAUCUCGCUCCCAUAUCCUAAACACCUAUGAUCAAAGCAUCUCCAACUAUACUGAAAAGCGCUUUGGAAAAGAUGGUGUAGACGUCAUUACAAACUCGCGUGUCAAUAAAAUUCUCCCCGAUAGAGUGAUUUUCACUCAAAUCAAUGAAGACGGUACAAAAACUCUCAAGGAACUCCCCUACGGUAUCUGCAUCUGGUCAACAGGCGUCGAUAAGGCCCCACUCACACGAGCAAUCACUGAACGCUUGGGCAAACCUCAUCAACGUAACCACAGAGCAAUUGAAACUGAUUCCCAUUUGCGCAUCAUUGGUGCACCUCUCGGUACCGCUUAUGCCAUUGGUGACUGUUCCACCGUCCGUACCUCCAUUGCAGACGAAAUCGAGCGCCUUUUGCGUGACGGCGUUCUUAAUUCCAAACGCUACUACCAAAUGGAAAUCGAAGAUGCCGUUGCAAUGCCCGUCACUAAUCGACCAGUCACUUCAGCUCCUGUUGAAGAACAUCUCGCUCUACCCAUCACUGCCCAACCCGUCUCUAAUACCUCACAAUCUUCUCCCAAUUUAGACAAACUCGGGAAUCCCUCCGAAACAACAAUAACCCAAGACCCAUCCGCAAAUACCCCCCAUCAUUUACAGCCCCGCCGUCAUAUCCAUGCAAUCGAAGAUGACAAAGAUCUAAGUCAAUUGAGCCUCACUUUUGACGACUUUUUGGUUCUCGCACGUACCAUCCGCUCUAAGUUCCCCCAAACCCGUGUCCAUAUCUCGCGCCUCGAGGAACUCUUUCGCCAAUAUGACCACGACGGAUCAGGCACUCUUUCAUACGCAGAACUCGAGGAAAUGCUUGCUGCAAUUGACAAGAAAAUCACCUCUUUACCAGCAACUGCCCAGCGCGCAUUCCAGCAGGGGAAAUACCUAGGCCGCAAAAUGGGCCGCCUCGUCCGCCUCUCAGACCGCUUGCGCGUCGCAGAUGUCAAGUAUGGCGACGUCGAUGCUUCUAUCUGCAAACCCUUCAUGUAUCACCAUCUCGGAAGCCUUGCCUAUAUUGGCAACGCUGCAGUUUUUGACAUGAAUGGCCAUAGUUUCUUUGGCGGUAUCCUCGCAAUGUAUGCCUGGCGUGCCGCUUAUUUCGCUCAAACAGUCAGCUUCCGUACCCGUGCUCUCAUCUGUAUGGACUGGCUCAAACGUGGCCUUUUCGGCCGCGAUCUUUCCGGCGUUUAA